GGCAUAGACAUUUGAAAGGAAUUGUGGUAAAACAAAAAAGGACAUAAGAGACAAAAAAAGAAAUAGAAGAACAGGUGAAAAAAAUAGGACAGUUAAAAGCAGGUAGGAGGAAAGAAGACACAGGCAAAGUAUCCACUGAAAGAUAAACAAAGAAGAGAAGGAAGAGAGACAACAGCACAAGAAAGUGAAGAAGGAUAAAGAAAGGAGAUGACAUAAAUAAAAAGCAAGCCAGUAUGGAUUUAAGGAGGGAAGGAAGGAAGAAGAGAAUGCAAGAAAAGAAAACAGGAUAAAGUAGAUGAGCAUCGGAUACCGACCUUGUCUCUGGACGCUGAGCGAAGUUGGUCCCCAGCAGCCUCUGCCUCGGUUACAGCACCGCACUCUGGUGCUGCUGCCCGGGAAUUAGCGCGGAUGGCUCCGACUUCGAUGGGCUCCGCCGCGGCGCCGGAGGCGACUGGGGAGCUGGCAGGGGGGAUAGAGAAGAGAGAAGGUUGGAAAGAGAAGGGAAAACGGUUUAACGAAUAUGGCACGGCAGAGCAAUGAAAAGGAGAAAGAACAGAAGGGCAAGGAAGAGAAAACUGAGAACAUAGUAUAAAGGGAACAGUAGGAAAGGAAGAGGAAAAAACGUCUUAAAACCGGAAGAGAAAUAAAAGGAAGGAAGACAAAUAAGAAAAAGAGAAGCUCGGUCAGAAGAGAUGGCAGAGAUGACGGCGCUGGCGCUGUGUGGGAGCGUGUGAGGCGGCGGAGCAGCGCACGGUGUCGCUGCAGGCUGAGGAAGGGCGUGUGGGCGGCUCCUUGGCGGUGCGGCGGAGAGCCCGGCUGUGAGCGCGGGGGGGCGGCUGGGGCCGGGCAGCGGAGCCGGUGCGUGCGGGCGGCGGCGGGAGCCGUGCGGGGCCCGUGCGGGGUCGGAAGGACUGGGCGUGUGCGGCGGCGAUGGGCGAGUGUUUGUGGGGUGCGGUGUUGCGGGUGGUGGCGGUGCAGGCGGCGUGGGCGCUGUGCUGGGGGCAGGUGCGGUACUCGGUGCCGGAGGAAGCGAAGGCCGGGACGGUGGUGGGCCGUGUGGCACAGGACCUGGGUCUGGAGGCGGGCGAGGCGGAGGCGCGGCGGCUGCGGCUGGUGCCUGGGGGCCGGCGGGCGAGCGUGGAGGUGAGCGGGGCGAGCGGGGCGCUGGUGGUGAGCUCGCGGCUGGACCGGGAGGAGCUGUGCGGCAAGAGCGCGCCGUGCGCGCUGCGGCUGGAGGUGCUGCUGGAGCGGCCGCUGCGCGUCUUCCACGUGGAGCUGGAGGUCACCGACAUUAAUGACAAUGCCCCCACCUUCCCCGCCGCCCGAAAAAACAUCAGUAUUGCCGAAUCGUCUCUGGUGGGUUCCCGUUUCCCACUGGAGGGCGCGUCAGAUGCGGAUAUCGGAGCGAACGCGCAGCUCUCCUACACACUGAGUCCCAACGAACAUUUCUCUUUGGAUAUACAAAAAUCAAAUGAGCGAAAUAUUGUUCCCGAACUUGUUUUAAGGAAACCGCUGGAUCGCGAGACGAUGGCCGUGCACCGGUUGUUGCUGACGGCGAGUGACGGGGGCCGGCCGUCUCUGACAGGGACGAUGGAGCUGGUGAUCUCGGUGCUGGAUGCGAACGACAACGCGCCCCAGUUCCACCUGUCGUUGUAUAAAGUGCAACUACCGGAGAGCGCUGCAGUGGGGACGCUGGUGGCACAGGUGAACGCCACAGAUGCAGAUGAAGGAAUUAACAGUGAAGUGACCUACACUGCAACCAGCUUCAUUCCGCCGAAUGGAAGAGAUGUGAUUUCCCUCAAUACCAAAACAGGGGAGAUUCACCUGACGGGUGCUCUGGACUUUGAAGAAGUCAGUAUGUUUGAUUUCCGUAUAGAAGCGAGAGACCAAGGUUGGCCCCCGCUGUCGAGUCACUGCAGCGUGGAGCUGGAGGUGCUGGACGUGAACGACAACGCGCCGGAGGUGCGGGUGACGUCGCUGUCGGUGCCGGUGUCGGAGGACGCGUCGCUGGGGACGGUGGUGGCCCUGCUGAGCGUGUGGGACCGGGACUCGGGGUCGAACGGUCGUGUGCGGUGCUGGGUGUGGCCGUCGGGUCCGUUCGUUCUGGAGGCGACGUUGUCGGGGUCGUACUCGCUGGUGCUGCGGGAGCUGCUGGACCGGGAGCGGGUGUCGGAGUACGAGGUGGAGGUGCGUGCGGAGGACGGCGGUUCUCCGUCGCUGGGCGGCCGCGUUGGGCUGCGUGUGCCGGUGUCGGACGUGAACGACAACGCGCCGUCGUUCGCGCAGGCGGUGUACACGGUGCUGGCGCGGGAGAACAACUUGGCGGGCGCGGAGCUGGCGCGGCUGUGGGCGCGGGACCCGGACGAGGCGGGCAACGGGCGCGUGAGCUACUCGUUGUGGGAGGGCGCGUUGGGCGGGGGGUCGGGGUCGUGGGGGUCGGGGUCGGGGUCGGUGGGGGGUGUUGCGGCGUCGAGCUACGUGUCGGUGGAGGCGGAGAGCGGCGUGUUGCGGGCGCUGCAGCCGCUGGACUACGAGGAGGUGCAGGUGCUGCAGUUCGAGGUGCGUGCGGUGGACGCGGGGGAGCCGUCGCUGUGCGGCAACGCGACGGUGCAGCUGUUCGUGGUGGACGAGAACGACAACGCGCCGGCGCUGCUGCCGGCGGCGGGCGGCGGGUCGGAGGCCGGGUCCGUGUCGGGGGAGGCGGGGACGCUGUGGGCGUGGGCGUCGUGGGGUUCGCCGUCGGGUCAGGUGGUGGCGAAGAUCCGGGCGGUGGACGCGGACUCGGGCUACAACGCAUGGCUGCGCUACGAGCUGUGGGAGCCGCGGGGCAAGAGCGCCUUGUUCCGCGUGGGGCUGUACAGCGGCGAGGUGAGCACGGCGCGGGCGCUGGAGGAGGCGGACGGGCCGCGGCAGAGGCUGGUGAUCGUGGUGCGGGACCACGGCGAGCCGGCGCGCUCGGCCACGGCGACGCUGAGCGUGUCGCUGGUGGAGGGCGGCGAGGCGGCGCUGGCGGCGGCGGCGGGCUCGUCGUCGCUGCUGCCGCGCUCGUUGGCGGGCGGCGAGAGCGGCUCUGGGCCGGCGGCGGCGGCGGCGACGAACGUGUGGCUGGUGGUGGCGAUCUGCGGCGUGUCGAGCCUGUUCCUGCUGGCCGUGGUGCUGUACGGGGCGUCGCGCUGGGCGCCGCGGGCGGCCGUGCUGUCGGGGCCCGGGCCCACGACGCUGGUGUGCGCCAGCGAAGUGGGCAGCUGGUCGUACUCACAGCGCCACAGCCGGAGCCUGUGCGUGGCGGACGGCGCGGCCAAGAGCGACCUGAUGGUUUUCAGCCCCAACUUCCCGCCGCCGCCCGGCGCCGCGCCCAAGGACACGCAGCCGGAGCCUCCCUCUCUCCUCGACACGGUCAGUGACAAUCCCUUGCUCUCGUCUACUUGUUCCCUCCUCCCUCUGCCUCUUCUCUCCCGCCCCCUGGGCCAGCCCUGUCGGUCUCCGGGCUCCGCGCCCCUGGCUUGUGGGAGUGGUUACUUUACAGGUGCUUAA